UUCCACCAUCAUCACCACCACCACCACCACCACCAUUACCGUUGAUUGCAUCGUAACCGCCAGCACCCAGACACGAAACUCUGAGGGUGAUAUAGGCACGGCUCGUGUAGACCGGCAAAAGAAGCAAAAGUAUGCAUUUUCUGACAGGGCAUUCUCCUCAAGCAACAACACGGGGCAAGGGUUUGUACCAGGUGACGCUGUGGGACGAGCAGGUCAGUUCGCAGCUGGCCGUCCCUUGCUUUCCUUUUCCUUUGUGCAGCGUACCCACCGAGGAGGAGGCAUGCGAACGGUACCGUCACCUAGCGUACUGGCUGCAGCCAUGUCUUGCCCGUGGAUCACUGGGGGAGCGUGCUUCGUGCGCGGUCUUUGUUGUGCUGGGUACGAGAGGCUUGCGGCGAUCGACCCUCUGCGCGCUCACAUGCUCGCACCUCGCCGGCACUGCGGGUAUACGGGAUUCUUGUCGGGCCUCGUCUGGGGAUUCGGCCAUGGGCUCCCUGGAAGAAACACUCCACCACGAAGCUUUGCCGACUGCUGUUGUCCUUGUCCCUGACGAGUGUCCACGAUAUGGCAGGUUUGCCCCUGGCAGCAGACACCUUGCUGUGCCAUGCUACCCCCAAAAGUUCCUCAUCCUGAUCCCCACGAUGAAGAUUUUUC